UCGGAUAACUGUCCGUAUGAGAGGUAGUUUUCGGCGAAGAUGAGAAGUCAGACGUUCAGUCAGACUAAGUUUUUCCGCUGGACACAGACAUGGCACGGGGUCAACAGGCCAACCGGGAGCUCACCGAGGUGCUAAACCAACUCUGGCAACUGGACACCAACCGUCUCAGGCCGGGGACUGAUUACAUCAUUUCCCUUCAGGGGAGGGCAGGUUACGUGGCUCAGGGCAGUAACUACGCCAGAGACAGGGCCAGGGCUCCGCUCUUCACUUAUGUAAACGAAGACAAGCUCAAGAGCAUCGAGACGUAUGCACAUUUCAUCAGCUUGCUGGACAACUACGAGUCAUCCACAGGUGUGUCAGAGAAGGUAACGGCAGAGGAGCUCAAAGAGAACCGGCUCUUCAUCGACGCCAUAAUGGAGACCAAUGUGAUGAAGUGUGCUCACAAGUAUCUGGUCGGGAAGGGGCAGUCGCCAUCGGACCCCGGGCAGUUCAAGAGACAGCUGUACGACAUCUGGUUCCGUCUCUACCACAGGGACAGGAGUGGAGGUGAAGAUUCCUGUGGAUUCGAACAUGUGUUUGUGGGAGAAACCAAGAACGGCCAGGAGAUCAUGGGUCUUCACAACUGGGUCCAGUUCUACCUGCAGGAAAAACACGACCAUGUUGACUACAAAGGCUACAAAGCAAGAGACAACAAAGAUACACCUGAUGAAGAUGAUCACGUCCUGAACCUGCAGUUCAGUUGGAAAGGCCUGGUGAAGCCAGUUGGGGGCUCCUUCAUUGGCGUCAGUCCAGAGUUUGAGGUCGCUAUCUUCACCAUCAUCUUCCUCAUGUCGACCGAGAAGAUGACGUCUGUUGUUGUAAAGGUGGAUGAGUACAUGCUGGAGCUGGUUGUCUAUCGGCACGGCCGAUCCAUCGGCACGUCCUUCCCCAAACUGCUCAGCAGCAACAACAGGGAUUUGUAACAUCACACUAUCUUUUCACAUGUUUACAACUUAUGUUACACUUUUAUUAUAUUCCUACCUGACGUAUAACAUAAAUCUGGAUCAGGUUCUCUUUGCACUAAACCACAGGCUUAAACUACCUAUAUUGAGCAAAGUUUGUAGCCUUAACCUCCUGAUCUGGACUGAUUUAUAGAAGCAAAGUAGAUUGUUAUUAAUCAUUUAUCUGUCUUAUUCUGUAUACUUUUAUGGACCAAAUAAAUUUUUCUUUGUUUA